UCUCUCUGGCUUGAACACUUCACUGUGAGUCUACUGCUUUUAGUCAGUGGACACCUUCUCGCCUGUGAAUCCUCAGAACAAAUUGACAGAAUGAUUGAUCUGCAAAAUUUAAAGCAGCCGUCAGUAGCCAUCAAGGCAAUUGAAAUCGUCCUCUUGAUCAUCGCCGUGUCCAUCUUCGCGGGUGACGGCGCCCACUGGACCUUCUUCGCCAUGAGCACGAUGGUGGGCGGGCUUCUCAACGCCAUGGUGCUCCUCGGGUGCUUCCUGCUGGGCUACAUGCAGAUACAGAAGACCCCUUUCGAAUUGGUGCUCAAUGUUUACUACACCCUGGCCGUGUUCGUGUCCUCCAUCUUACUCAUGGCGAGCGGGUACUCCCUCUUGGUGGCCAGCGGGGUCUUCUGCCUCUUCCUGACCUUCUUCUACGGCGCCGACAUCUACUUCACUUACCUCAACGUGUCCAACAGGCCGACAUCCUUCCCCGCCGCGUCCCAACCCGCCGGUUCCUCCGCGCAGGACACCGUAGACACAGCCACCAAUCCGAACAACGUGUUCGUCACUAACCCGACCUACCCUUCCACCAUGAACUACCCGCCGCCUACUGUGAACUACCCGCCGUCUACCAUGAACUACCCACCACCCGAAUACCCUGCUAACAGCCCAAUUGGCCCCAAGCCGUAAUUUGAAACUGAUGGCCAGUAGAUUGUUAUUACUAUCUGUUAUCUAUAAUUUUUAUUUUUAUUUAUUUGUUUAUUUAUUCAUUUAUU